CCGCACCGCGCUCUCCCGGGCUGCAGAGGGUGGCGGCACCAGGCGGCGAAGGUCACCAUGCGCCCGGGCGCAGCGGCCCAGCCUUCCCUCCUCCUCCCGGGCGGCGCUUUUCCCGGCGCUUAGGGAAAUCGCGAGGUGGCGGAGGAGGAGCUGCCGAGUGACGCGACGGGAGGACACCGCGGGGAGGCUUCCCUCGAAGGUAGGCGGCGGCGGUGGCGGGGCUGCUGGGCUCCGAGGAGAGAGGGGCGGAGUCCCACGAGGGAGUCCCUGGAGCAUCUUUCCAGGAUUGGAGAGCGCCAACGCCGGUCCCUUGAAGGUGUCCAGUCCAGCAGCUUAUCCGGAACACCAGCCGCUGCGGGACGUGGGCUACGUGCCUAAAUCAAAUCCACCUUAUCUGGAUUGCAUAGGAAGGACGUUGUCUUCCCAUAGCGUAAAAUGCCCAAACACAGAGAGGUUUUCUCUGGCAGCAAAAAAGGAAGCAGCUAGGCGCAGGAUGGGAAAGAGGGGACCCCAUAGAAGGGACUGUAUUUAGAAGAGUUAUUGGGUGGAGCUCAAGAAAUGGUGCGUUUGGAUAGCUAGUGGCUCAUAACCACCGUCUGUGUGUUUCUAAAUGCCAGUUGCUGGAAACCCCAGAAAGAGAGAGAUCUGAUGCUCUCAGGUCUUUCCUGUUGGCUUCCCAUAGGCAUCUGCUUGGCCAAAGUGAGAACAGGAUGCUGGGCUAUAUGGACCACUGACCUGCCUGAUCCAGCAGGCUCUCCUUAUAUCCAUUCAUAUAUCCUUUUUGUACUUGUAUGGAAUUUUGGGAGUCACCAGGUGGUGGGAAUUAUGGAACUGUGUUGCCUUGCUGGGGAAAAGAUCCAGCUAGCAACAGUCUGGAUAGCCACCAACUUAUUGACUCAAUAUUUACAGCCACAGGCAUUUUGGAUCAAAUAGUUUUUGGAAGGUCUAUUUUGCCCUAUACCCUCUACAAGGACCCUGCUUUUAUGUACUGUGGCUGUAGUGCAGUUGGGGGUGCGGUACCUUCUGAACCCCUGCAGGAGCAUGUAUAAAUUUGAGUGUACAUGCAUAGGUCCCUGUGCAAAUGAAACCAAGAUAUAUGAAGGUCAGGAGAAGUGCCAGUGUGGGCAUGAUAUUGAUCUCUCCAGGGAUGGUUUUUCUUGGUCACAAAGAUUCUGAUCCAUUCUGUCGAGCGGCAUGUUUGUUUUCUAUAAAGCAGCCAAUGAAACAGUAAACCUAAUAUGAACUUAAACAUUGUCUCUAUAACAAGCACUUCAUCAGAGGCAGGCAAAGAGCAAAUGUAGGAACCGCGAGGAAAGAAUAUAGAACUCAUCAAUAAUGUAAAAUGAUGAGAUGGAGUCGAGAGAAGAGCGAUCUGGAGGUGUAAUUCAGGCUGUUUCUCAGCUUGAUCUCUGCCCUCCCUUUGAACUCUGCCUGGAGGUUACUCUGGAAGCUAGGUAGCUGAUGGUUUAAGAAUGCCUAGAACCUCUCUGUUGCAAUUCAACAAACCAUCUGAAAAACGGAGGUGUCAUUUAGCCGUACCAGCUUAUAGCUCUUGACAGGGGUAUCCUUCAUGAAAUUGUUCUGUCCUUCCUCAAAGCCUUCUGAGCUGGUAGCCAUCAGAACCCCCUUAUGGCGGUGAAUUCUAUGUUAAAUGUGCACUUGGUCAGGGGUCAUCAAGACAGCAUCUUGGGGCACCAGAACCAGUGUGCCCACCAGAAUCUCCUGUGUCACCUGUGAAGGGUAUUUGCAAACAUCUCCUCAGAAAUCCACUGUGCAUGGGAGACUGUUUGUUCUCUCUCCUCAAUUUCCCUUUGCAUUGGUUUAGCCUCUCCUUAAACAUGCCCACAUUUCAUUGGACAGAAGAGGGGCACAGAGCUUCUCCCUGGGAGUGAGCACUGCACUAGCUGAUAUAGGUGCCUUUUCCAACACGCCUGUACCAUUUUGUGGCCAUCUCUUUUUCUGCCCUUUAAGAUAUGGCAGCCAUUUUGAGACUGGCACAAACACUCCAAAUGUACCAACUGCAUUAGGGCAGUUGCGUGUGUGUUUGCAGGCACAGGAGUGCACAGCGGGCCAGUAAAAAAAGGUGACACCCUUAUUUAUAAUCCUAGUGUGGAUCAUUUCUUAGUUCCCAUGACUUCAUCCCAACUGUGUGCCUGUGUUUCUGGGAGGUUUGUUGCCCAUGUCAUUUCUUAUGGGCACAUUACUAGUUGCUGCAGGCUUUGAAAAAGGUUGACAAGACAGCUUGCUAGUUAAUCUGGAAAAUAUGUCGUGUUAGGAAACACCCAAUAUUUUGCACCUCUAUGAGAAGCUUUAAUGAAUACAGGAAGGCUGAGAACCAUUUCUUUUGCAGUUGGGUCCUAUGGAGCACUUUUAAAACAGAAACAAGGGAGGGAAGAAUCUUUAAAGUUUGGAUUUAUUUUAUUUUUGCUUGAUUUAUCUUCUUUAUUAGCCAAUGUAUAUCCCAGUGUUUCUUACUGGAGUGACUCAGCAUUAUUUUUGGUAUCUGAACAUGGUUCCAGUUGGGUGCAUGUGAGGGAAGCAUAAGGUACACAUGCCUCUCAGCUUAUGGACUUUGAAAUAAAUCUUCAGAACGUUAAAAUCAUGGCAUGCUAUUCUACAGAGUGUAAGUUUUCUACUAGAGCUAGGGUGGGGAAAUGUUUGCAGCCCAAGAGGCUAUUUCCCUUCUGGUCCACUUUCCAAGGGCGGGGCUGCAUGCCAGUGAUGGCAAAGCAGCUGGGACAUCAAAUUUAAAAUUUGCAUUUAUAUAGUAGACUUGUUUCUAGAGUUGCCAGGUCAGGAACACCCCAGCCUCUGAAAGUUCAGGACUGAAACUUGAGAUCUUGGGAUGGCCUCUGGAGACAGAGGUUAAUUGGAAUAGAAGAGUGUCUGUCCUAUACAGUGAUACCUCGGGUUACAUACGCUUCAGGUUACAGACUCUGCUAACCCAGAAAUAGUACCUCGGGUUAAGAACUUUGCUUCAGGAUGAGAACAGAAAUCGUGCUCCAGCGGCAUGGUGGCAGCAGGAGGCCCCAUUAGCUAAAGUGGUGCUUCAGGUUAAGAACAGUUUCAGGUUAAGAACGGAUCUCCGGAAUGAAUUAAGUACUUAACCAGAAGUACCACUGUAAUUUGAAGCAAACUUCUGCUGGACUGAGGUGUGCAAGCUACACACAUGGUCUUCUUAAUUAUUUUUAUUUUUUAUUGCAGGCACCCUUGCCCACCUAGAGAUUCAAGCACUCCAUUAGCCACCUGGAUUUAAAAAAUGCAAAGGCAGAAAGUAAGUGACCAUUUGCUCUGGUAUAGCAUGCCCUGUCAAAAAUAGGGGCAUGUUUGCAAUAAUUCUAUUUUCAUAACAGCGACUGCUGCCUGACACCCAUUAUUAGACAUUGCUGGAGGUUCUGCUGUAGCCUGAUUUAAAAUAUGCUGGUGUUUGUUCUUUUGGCUCAAUAAACAGUCAGAAAGCAGAACUGUCCCACAGCAGUUGGUACCCUCACAGCUGCAGCAUGUGAAGUUUGCUUGCACCAGAGAGUAGAUGAAUCCUUCUCAUAGAAAUAUUAUGCUACAUGCCACCCCAAACUCCAAGUGGUGAGACUCCAGGGAUACCAGCACUUUCCUGGGGCUCAGGUUCCUUGGAAAGACAGCAGAGACUAUGGUCUCUUUAAGUUAUAUGGUUUUAUUUACAUAUAUAUAUAUACAACCUGAGCAUAGGAUGGAGGGGCUUAUAGCCCCAAAAGAUCUUGCUUCCCCAUUAGUCACAGCUUUGGAUUCAUUACAGAGCAAGACAUAUGUAUGUCCCCAGUUCUUGUAGCAUCUCCCCUUCAGUUUUCAGCUCACUCACAUAGCUGUUCUCUAGCCCAGCCCCAUUUUUUUGCUCUUUUGGUUGUUGCAGCUAUUGCAACCCAGCUUAUCCCUUUGGAAAGCCCAUCAGGACAUUAUGUGGCCAGUUGGUCUUCAUCUCCAAAGAAACUUGAUUGACUGGUUGCCCAGCUUCCCCCAAACACAGUGCUUUUUUCAAGGGGGGUGGGACUCAGUACCAGCAUCUCUUUUCUGUUGUUGUUAAAAAGUGUGGCACUUCCUGUAACAACUUCAUGGUGAGUACCGGCUUUUCUAGAGAAAAAGCACUGCCCAAAUGUAUAACAAUAAGAAUAGGCCAGUUAAAUCCAGCCAGUGACCAGUCUAGUCCAAUAUCCUGUUCUCACAGUGGCCAACCAGGUGUCCAUGUCACUCUCCCCUCCUACAGUUUCCAACAACUGGAAUUCAGAAGCAGGAUGUCUCCAACAGUGAAAGUAGAACAUAGGCAUCAUGUUUAGUAGUCAUCUCCCAACUUAAUGAUUAAAUUCUGGGGGAACUGGGCAGUAACACUGAAGAACGACUGCUCUUAGCAUCUCACACUAAAAAAAUUCCAGUGGAACAUUUCUGAAAAGGCAAAUAGGGACAAAACAGCCAGUGAUUUGCUUUCUCAGACACAGGUGCCACAAAAGAGGGUCUGUCUCCCCCAAAAAUAAAAUAAAAUAGGGGCAACUGGUGUGUUCUGAUAGAUAAUGAAGCCCUGCUGGGAUAGCUGAUUAUAUCGUGAGUGCACUUUUUGUGAAACUGAAGAGCUUCCUUGCAAGAAGAAAUCUGGAUCCUAUGUAUCUGUUGCUUGAUAAAGCAUUUAUCUAAAAAAGGCUGAAGGCUCUGUCCCCCUGUUUGGAAGAAACUGUUGGUUAUUUCAUUGCACUGACUCCCUUGGCGUCAUAGCCAUUCAGUGAUGUACAUGAAUGGUUGCCGAUUCCCCUUGUUACAGGAUUAAUAGCUUUACAAGCCAGUGGACAGAGCCAGAUCUAGAGGCCUAAAAUAAUGCAGCCUAAUGAGCUCAGAGCAUCAUGGAAAGUAGAAAACCCGUUAACAGAGUUUAAAAAUAAGCUCAAGUGCCGUCAAGAGUUUAAACAGGAUAAUCGACACAGGUUUCCAUUCAACAAUUACCUGGGGCGCGGGUGUCACUGGCAAUAAAUAAAGCAGCUAUAUUGGAACUAGCUGGUUAAGUAACAAUUAAAAAAUAGUUCUCACACAAAUAUUUCUUUCCAAACGACUGGCACUAAUAGAACCGACAUUUGAAUUGAAGAAAGAGACAAUUGAGUUAUAGAAUUGCUGGCUAUUACUGGUUGUUUAAAAAUCAUGUAUAUUGUCAUCAGAGGAAUUUCUGUACCUUCAGUUUGGAAAGAUGCAUUUUCUUCCUGUUAUCUCUAUUCUUUUUGUUGAUGUUGAGUUCAAAAUGCUUUUAAAUUUUCAUCUAAUCCAAUUGGAUAUGAAUUAAGGAUUGGGCCAGGGGAGAGGCAUUGAUUUGUGGGGAGGGGGGCAAUUAGAUAUCCGGGGGGGAGGCUCAUGCAGUUCCCUGUAUAACAAAUUGACUCAACAUGUCCUUCUUCCAUGUGGCCUUUAUCUUCACAGACCAAGGCACCCAUGAAACCCAAAGUAUGCAUCUGUGCCUGCAAGAUGUCACAGGAGAAGAAUGCAGCCAAAGCUGCUGCGAGCAAGCAUCAGAAGCCAUUUCCAGUAGCUCUGGGCUACAAAAUGGAGCAGGCUUUAGUUUCUCAGUAUGUCCCUGUUGUCCUCCACCCUGGAGGACACAAGCGUGAGUCUCUCCGAUAUGCUUUCUACAACCCUAACUACUCCAACACGUACACACCAUUUUACACUUUGCAAAAACCCACCUGCGGUUAUCGGUAUUGUCGAGACACAGAUCACACGAGGAAGGUGAUGGAUGUUGAAAGAGUGGAUUUCUCAAAAUGGAAACCCAUUUUUGGGAAGAAGCCAGGCUUGUCUGCAGCAGGCUCAAAACACUGAAAUCGCCAUGCAGUUAACCCGGGACUUCCAUUCAGAGGCUUGAGCUCACUCAUUUUCUAAGGCCACUCAGAAGGAGAUUGUUGUAGGAACUUCAGAAGAAGCAGAUCUGCCUUAACAAGAGCUUCUGGGAUAAAUUGCAACGAAGUCACCCAAGUGCCACUAUAAAGCGGGUACCAAAACCCAGGUUUUAGUUGGCACUUUAAGCUAAGGCUCAUCCUGGAGAGAAACAAUAAAGGCACCUGGCUUUCCACCUUUUGACGUGAGUCAGCAGAAUGCAAAAAGUAGCAAAGCAGAUGAUCAAAAACUGUGAAUAAAACACCAAAAUGC